AUGUUGAAGUUGGUCGUGUUGUUGGCCGUGUGCAGUGUGAUUGGGGCGCAAAAGCAGCAGCAGCAGCAGUUGCAUCAGCAGCAUCAGCAGCAUCAGCAGCAACCGAACUCCUUGCCGCGGUACAAGGAAAUACCGAUCGUUAACGUGGAGAACGUGCUGGAGGUGGACGGCAAGUUUCGGUACAGCUACGAGGGUGGUGAUGGUACGCGGGCGGCCCAGGAUGGUCAGCAGAUUGUCGUAAACAAUCAGGUCGGCACCGCUUCCCAGGGGCAGUACACCUAUCAGGGUGACGAUGGGAAAACGUACUCCGUGUCGUACAUUGCCGACGAAAAUGGGUACCGUCCGAUCGGCGAUCAUCUGCCGACGCCCCCGCCGGUGCCGGCGCCGAUCGCCCGGGCCCUUGCCCAUCUGGCAACACUGCCUCCGCCGAAGGAAAAUGGCCGCAAAUUUUGA